AUGGCGAGCGCAGUGACGGCACCGAUGCGUGCGGCUGGCUGGAACGUACGACUGACGAUUGGAACCCGCGAACGCCCUCAGGAGUUUGCAGGCUUGUACCAGAACCCCCGCGCCCCGACCCUCACGUUUGCUGACAUCUGCGUUGAGCUGGGGCUUUGCUUUGAGCUUCCACGAUCACAAUGCGCCCACUACCUUUCCGACCCCCGCCGUUUUAACCACCCGUCGUACCUACCGUACAACAAGACCCAAUCAGACCCUCGCCUCAGUAUAAUGCCCUUGCGACGCAAACUCAAGGCUCGCUCGCAAUCGCCUCCUAAGCGCUCCGCCGGCUUGACUUCGCCUAGCAAACCCGAUGACGGCGACGGCGAUGAUGACUACGCUAACAUGAUCGCGCCCGCCAGCCUGGAUAUUAACAUGGACUCGGCUAAGAAACAGGUCAGCGAUUUUCGCAUGGAAUGCAUUGCUCAGUCCACCUGCUGCGCCGUGUCGGGCGACGGCGAGCCUUGGAGCUCAAUCCAGCCCAUCGGCCCAGGCGUGCAAGCCUGCCACAUUGUACCGCAGCAGCACUUCCACCUCUAUCCAAUGGAGGACGGAAACGGAGACAGCAUGCCCGAGGACAGUGCACAUCGCCUCUGCUAG